AUGGCUCGUAUCAAAUGCAUGAGCGGCCUUGCAGAAAAGCAAAAAAUCAGAAACGUCGGGAAACAUCUUUACCGUAUGGAAACGGGCAUCGCGCAGAAGACGAAUGCUCAGAGGAGAAUAGCACAAGCUGCGACGCGAGUUCCUGAAAAGGCCUUUACCUCUAGUAUUACUCCCGACCCUCUCCGUUCUUCGAAGAUGGGCGACAUAGCACAGCCAUCAGGGAACGAAGAACUUGCCAGCCUAGACCCUUCGUCUCCUCCUGGUUUCAGCUGGCGACAUCGUGAAGGACCAUCCGAAAGGCGAAGUACCUCGCCUCCUCCACCUUCACCGCAGUCUCAGUUGGGUCAUCCUACCCAAGGGCCUUCUUCGGAGGCGAGGAAAGGAAAAGAGAUUCUGGCUGCAGAGCAGCAGCAUUCAAAAUCUCGUUCCGAGCCGCACUCUAUGGAAAUGUCCACACAAAUGGGUCAGAGCAACAUCGACGAGGUGAUCCACGAACGUCAAGGUUUGGAUAUGACUUGGGCGUUUACAAUUAAGAAAGAUCCUCUGAAGCCCGAAGAAAUCGCUAAGUUGUCGCCAAUCGAGGCAGGAUUCUUCACCAAGAAAAGCCUUAACAUGUCCACCGCGAUGCGCGCGCACAAGAAAGACUUGGCUAUAGCUUUCAUCAAAAGACGCAAAGACGAAGGCAAGACGCUGCUGGAAACCGCCCCCAUACCGAUGGGGCGAGACAGCGCCCAAGUUUCAGAGACCUAA